CUACAAGUAUCUUACUGUGUCGCAUCUUUUGCCAACUACUCCCCACUGCCACAGAUUUUUUUUCUUUCUCCUGUGCUGUACAUGCCUACCUACCUCCCUUCAUCUACUGUCACCAACAUCUCUCGCGCCGCUGGUAGAUCCGUCCGCCUAUUCAGCGCUGCCUCUGCUAGACCUCGACCGAUACUGAGACCUUCUUCUUCCCCGCACCACCUCUCCCUCCUCCCACCACCGCAGUCUGCGUUCCGCGCCGCACCACGACAACGGCAAGGAAGACAAUUCUCACAGACCUCACACCAAAAAAUGUCUCUCUCUGCCAUGUCCAAACGCCUCGAGGGCAAGACGGUCCUGGUGACGGGAGCCAGUUCUGGGAUCGGCAAGUCGGUCGCCCAGGAAUUCGCCCGGACCAGCCCAAAGAACCUCAAGGUCAUCAUCACGGCCAGGCGCAUCGACACGCUGAAGACGGUCGCGGCCGAGAUCGCCAAGGAGGUCGGUGACGGGGUCAAGGUGUUGCCCGUCCAACUCGACAUUUCGAAGCCGGAGGAGGUCGAGCGGUUCGUGCCCAACCUGCCGGCCGAGUUCAGAGACAUUGACGUCUUGGUCAACAACGCCGGCCUGGUCCGGGGAAUGGACCGAGCCCCGGACAUCAAGGCCGAAGACAUGGAGGUCAUGUUCGCCACCAACGUGACGGGUCUGAUCAACAUGACCCAGGCCGUGAUGCCCAUCUUUUUGAAAAAGAACGGAGGCCAGGACGGCGGCAGCGGCGACAUCAUCAACAUCGGCAGCAUCGCCGGCCGAGAGGGUUACGCCGGUGGAAGCAUCUAUUGCGCCACGAAAGCCGCCGUGAGGUCCUUUACCGAAGCCCUGAGACGGGAACUGAUCGCUUCCCGCAUUCGUGUCAUCGAGAUCGACCCUGGUCAGGUUGAGACUGUACGUGACCUUUUUCCUUCUUGGACCCCCUUCGCGUUCCCUCCUUUCCCUUCCUUUCCUAUACUGGACGGGACACACAUGGUCACAACCUGCUCGAAAAAAAAAGGAAAACGAACCAUCACAUACGAGUAUGACAACAAAGGAAAAGGCAAGCAAAGCUAAUACUUUUCUGUGUGUGUGUGUGUAUGUAGGAAUUCUCGGUCGUCCGAUUCUAUGGUGACAAGGCCAAGGCCGAUGCGGUCUACAAGGGUGUCGAGGCCCUGACACCGGACGACAUUGCGGAGAUCGUCGUCUUCGCCGCCGGCCGACGAGAGAACGUCGUGUUGGCCGAUAGUUUGGUUUUCCCCAACCACCAGGCUUCGGCGACCAUUAUGCACCGAAAAUCAUGACUGGAAAAACUUUCCUUGCCCAAAAUGUGACAAGUCAAGAUGGCCGCGGACAGCGAUCACCUUUUCUCUGACCUUGAAAGGAUGUCUUUUCCAACUUUGCUCUACGAGUAAACUUGGCUUCGGAUUGGUCGGCCCCUCUUCAUCCAUCGGUCGGUCUUCGCGGCAGAAUCUACACAUGUUAAAAAAACCACAUAGAACAAACAUAUGGAUGACUAGAAGAACAAAAAAGGCUUUAUGAUACUCUUUGCA